UUCUUUCGGCGAUGGCGAUUUCUUUCUCUUUCUUUCCCUCUUGGAUUUAGGUCUUCUUGAUUGCGCUGCCAUCGCCACUAGUGCCGCGUGACAGGCGCAUGGAUCUCUAGCGGUAUGAAUGCGAUGCUUGUUCUAGAAGAGGUCUUCCUGGCGCAAGUGGGGGCAACAAGGAUGGAGUGCUAUGUUGUGGUACACAAUGUCGCAAAGCGGCACAACAUUGGGACGCUUGCUCGCAGCGCCACGGCCUUUGGCGUUUCGGAGAUGAUCCUCGUCGGGAAGAAGGAUUUCAACAGCUUUGGCAGCCAUGGCUCCGCGCACCAUGUCCGCUUCCGGCACUUCCAUUCGCUCCUCGAGGCCAGGGAUUAUCUCAAGGGAAUAGGUUGUGAUAUCUGUGGAGUGGAGAUAACCGAGGGAGCUGUGGCUGUGCACAAGCAUCCAUUCCAACGUAGCACUGCGUUUUUGCUUGGUAACGAGGGAACUGGUUUAUCGCCCAAGGAAAUGGAGAUUUGCGACUUCUUCACCUACAUACCUCAAGUUGGCUGCGGCACUGCGUCGCUAAACGUUACAGUCGCUGCGUCGAUCGUCCUGCACCACUUCUCUGUAUGGGCUGGUUUUCCCGAACGUGAGAGAGACGGCCAGAAGUUCAUCGUUGCCGACCGUCCUGCCCGUCGCCAAGGCCUGAUAUGCUCAAAUCCGGAAGAAGUCACUCAAGCGCGGCAGCAAAAGAAACUAAACGGCUCUACCGACUGGCUAGACUCGGAAGACCAAGCUACGGCUCCCGACGAACAAAGAAUCGCAGGUUCUUUGCUUGGAAUUUUUGACGACUAACACGUAAAUCCCCGGUAGAGUUCUGAGUUCCACAGAAA